CCGGGCUGAUUUAUUGUGCAAUGGGAAACACUGACGAGCUAUUAACGAUGUCAAUUAAAUACUGAGGAUAUUUACCCGGACACUAUGGACAUCAGCAUUACAACUGUUGAAGAUUAAUCGCCUCUAAAAGCCGUAUGACAGACACACUCGCACAGGUAACCUGCAGAACGCUCAACAGCACGCGACUCUCCCACAUCUGAUGAGUCGAGGCCGGGAUGCAAGAUUGGAUGUGCAGACUGACAUCAUUCCGUUGAUACCCCCAUGCUGAAGAAUUGCGUCACCGGGCGGGCGCUGCAGUUAUUCGGCUCGCGUCGGGAGUAGCCAUGGCAAUCAUCUGGAAACGUUAGUGAUUCAACAGUUAAAUCGCCAUGGAAUCAGGUGCCGAGCCCGAUGGAUUUAAAUACCCAUCUCUUCCCAAUUCACAAUGUGAACUCAACAUAAAUAUUUAUGAGACCAUCAGUGACGGAAACGUCAAUAAUAUGGAGACUUCGACAGUCGUGAGAGGUGGAAGCGACCCUAGUGCGUAUCCUCCAUCGAAUUAUCAGCGGAUCGUGCGCCAAAGAUUCAUCAGGAGAAGUUUGUGGUUCUCAGACACUGAUGAGCAGGCCUUUGAGGUGCCAGAAUGUGACAACAGGAGUAAAAUCCGCAACAUAAGCCUGCGCACGAUAGUUGACAGGACACGGGGGGCACGGUUGGUGCCACAGGAGGUCUCCAUUCCCGAGAGUCGAGGGGGGAAGAAAGACAGCGCCACAGAGAGCGCCAGUGCUGAUGAGGACAAGGAGAAAGCUGGGGAUAAAUUGACUGUUACAUCCACCGACGGCAGUAAAAACGCUGUCAGAACUGCUAGUGAAGAGAACGAGGAAGAGGCCGAGAUGAAAGCUGUUUCCACGUCCCCUGGGGGACGGUUUCUCAAGUUCGAUAUCGAGCUCGGGAGAGGGUCCUUCAAGACUGUCUAUAAAGGUCUGGAUACCGACACCUGGGUGGAAGUUGCCUGGUGUGAACUUCAGGACCGUAAGCUGACAAAAGUGGAGCGUCAGCGGUUUAAGGAGGAGGCAGAAAUGCUGAAGGGGCUGCAGCACCCCAACAUCGUCCGCUUCUACGACUUCUGGGAGUCACCCCUCAAAGGGAAGAAGUGCAUCGUCCUGGUAACGGAGCUCAUGACCUCCGGCACACUCAAAACGUAUCUGAAGCGCUUCAAGGUGAUGAAGCCCAAGGUCUUAAGGAGCUGGUGUAGGCAGAUUCUAAAGGGCCUCCACUUCCUCCACACCCGGGACCCUCCUAUCAUCCACAGGGACCUGAAGUGUGACAACAUUUUCAUCACGGGCCCCACCGGCUCCGUCAAGAUCGGAGACCUGGGCCUGGCCACACUCAAGAGGGCCUCCUUCGCCAAGAGUGUCAUAGGCACCCCAGAGUUCAUGGCCCCAGAGAUGUAUGAGGAGCACUAUGACGAAGCAGUGGAUGUCUAUGCCUUUGGGAUGUGCAUGCUGGAGAUGGCGACCUCGGAGUACCCCUACUCGGAGUGCCAGAAUGCUGCACAGAUCUAUCGCAAAGUCACCAGCGGGGUGAAGCCUGCCAGCUACAACAAGGUUGUGGAUCCUGAAAUCAAGGAGAUUAUUGGCGAGUGCAUCUGCCAAAAGAAAGAGGAGCGGUACUCCAUAAAGGACCUGCUGAACCAUGCCUUCUUUGCGGAGGACACAGGGGUGCGGGUGGAGCUGGCCGAGGAGGAUGAUGGGAAGAAGGCAGCCAUCGCCCUGAAGCUGUGGGUGGAAGACCCCAAGAAGCUGAAAGGGAAGUACAAGGAGAGCGGAGCGAUUGAGUUCACCUUUGAACUGGAGAAAGAGACCCCAGAGUGCGUGGCCCAAGAGAUGGUGGAAUCCGGGUUCUUCCAUGAGAGUGAUGCUAAGAUCGUGGGGAAGUCUAUCCGAGACCGUGUAGCGCUGAUCAAAUGGAGGAGGGAGAGGACCGUAUCGGCCGGACCCCCAGUGGGCCAGGGAGAGGCAGGACUCGGGGCCCAGGCAGCCCCAGCCCAGGGGGCCUCUGCUGGGGCUACGCAAGCAGGACAGCCCCCUCUGCUGGAGCCUGAGGAGCCAGAGGCAGACCAGCACGCCAGGCUGUGUAACCUUCCGGCCAGCGCCACCUCUGUCACAUCAGACAGUACGUUUGACAGCGGCCUGGGCUCUGCUGUGUAUUCUGACUCCCACAGCAGCCAGCACAAUGUCCUCUACCAGUCCCUAGUGGAGCCCAUCACCAUGGCAAUACAGCAGCGUCAGCGAAGUGGUCUGUAUUUGGCUUCAGCACACCCCCGCUCCUGUGAAAGGGGCGAGGGGUGGAAAGGAGCCCUGGGACCGGAGCUCCGAGUGGGGGCAGGAGCAGCGGCACGGAGAGGGAGUGCAUCGGUCAUUGACACUCUAAGAGGCAACAAAAUCACUCUUCAUAUGCUCCUGCAACCUCUGACCUCUGGGCCCUGCAGCCCACAGAGAGCUGCCAGUCCCGCCCCCACAUCACCAGACAACCAAACAGACAGCAGCCCCUCUGAGUUCUGCUCCGAGGCAGAGGACCGCUUCCCUUCUCCGAGUGCUUUGCCUGCCCCCCUCCUCCUGGCCCCCCCUGCCCCCACACACUAUGAGGCUCGACGUCAUAGUGACUCUUCUGUGGAAUCCCAGACAUUGGAAGCCACCAAUGCGAGCAGGGUUAAGUCUGUGUCAGGGGGGCGGAGGCACUCAGACCUCGGCACCCUGAUGAGUCUAAACUCUGCCCAUCAUCACCACCAAGGUGUGCCCAGAAAGCACCUCUGCCAGGCCUGCUUGUCUCUGCUGCUGCUGAAGUCACGGGGGGAGGGGCACAAGCAACAGCACAUCGCCUUUCCUUUUCCACUACACCCCUGUGGGACGGCGACAACCGCAGGGUCAGGUGGGGUGAAAGGUCAAAGUCACAUAGGAAGUGACUGCUCUGACCUCUUCUUACUACAAAAGAACCUGAUGAACAUCAUCAGCCGUAAAACCACCCCAUCCAACCAGGGCCAACCCUCCCUCCUCCACCUGCCUGCAGCCCAGCAGCCUGCCCGGAGCUAUGGGGAUGGGAGUCUGAAGUUACCCCAGAGAGGCAGCUUCAGUGGUGGCCACACAGCACCCCCUCUGGCCAAGCCCACACAGGACCGCAGGGCCAGCUACUGCGCUGGGGAGCACCGAGCCACCGAGCCCCCGGGAGUGCCCAGUGCUGUGCACACAUUGCUCCAGAACCAUGCAUCUCUCCAGGGCCAGCCUGCUUCCGCCCCGGCCCUGCACACCCCCCUGCAAUACCUCCAGCCUGGCCACAGCUACCCCACCAUUCCCCUGGUCACUCAACAGAUGCCCACCACAGCCAGCUUCUCAGCUGCAGCUCUGCAACACACCCCAGCCUCAGCAAAUUACUCGGCAUCAAACAUGCCUCUGCAACAGAAUCAUUCUGGACAAAGCUACCCAGCUCCACUUCAGCAACAGACAGCAACAGCAGCAAGUUAUACAACUGCAAAUGUACCACUUCAACAGCCUGCAGCAAGCUUUUCAGCGACAACCAUGCCCCUGCAGCAGCCGCACACAGCAGCAACAAUUCCAAUCCAGCGGACACCAACUCCACAGAGUUAUGUUGCUCCAGCUCUGCAACAGUCGACUCAAACUGCAGCGAGCUACGCAGCUCCAGUGGAGCAUCUCCAACAGACUGCACCCACACAGAGCUAUGCAUCUGUAGCCCCAACUGUGGUCCACACAGUACCUAUACCCAGUCUCCCUACUCGGGAACCCAGUGUAGCAACACAGCCUCUAGCUGCUGUUGUGCCUCCCCCAGUCCAGCCUUGCCCAGCCCCACACAGCCUCUCAGACAAAGCCAUGCCUCCCAUUCUGCAGCCAGGCCAGUCUAGUCCCAUGUAUCACAGCCAACAGACAGUGCAGGUCCCCAUUCAGCAGCAACACAGCCAGCAAAUGGCACAGACCACGGUCCAACAGGCUAGUCCCAUACAUCACAGCCAACAGACUGUCCAGGUCCCCAUUCAGCAGCACAGCCAACAGACUGUGCAGGUCCCCCUACCCCAACACAGCCAGCCAAUGGCCCAGCCUACUGUCCAACAGGCUCCAGUUGUCCAGCGCUACCAGUCACCUGCCCAUACUGUGCAGCAAGGUUCAACCCUCCAGAGUUACCCUACUUCUGUACCCCUGAUGGGGCAACAGAACUCUGCUUCACAGAGCUACCCACCCAUAGCCCCACAGGCUGCAACGGUGCAAGGCUACACAUCACUCCAAUCCAGUGUGAUGGGUCAGGCCUAUCCAUCUGCUCUGGCUCCACAGCAGGCCGCAGCCCCACAGACCUACCCAGUGGCCCCCAUAGUGCAACAACAGACUGGGACUACUGCUCCUACUGCACAGCACAGCCAGGCCCAGGCAGCCCCACUACCCACAGGCCAGCAGUACCAACUCUAUCUCUACAACCCAGCUUUCCUGAACCAGAAUCUCCCUGCGGGUCAAAGCCUUCCCCAGCACCACCAAUCAUUAUGUAGUCUGCCUGCCCAGGCACUGCCUCCUCAGCAGCCAUUGGCUCAGGCCUCUGUCCCUCUGCAGUUGCAGCCACUACAGAUGUCCACUUCUCUGCCACCAACACACCUUUCCCAGUUUCCCUCACCGUAUCCCAACAUCCAAGUGGUGACCUCUCUGGCUGGAUGUGACUCCUACCCUCACCCCUGCCCUGUUCCCCAGUCCUACCCCUCCUCCACUGCCCCCUCUCUGCCCCCUCUCUACCUCUCCCCAGGCCAGCCUGCCACUCUGCCCCCCUCUGUCUCGCCCCUCGCCACCCUGCAUAUAGGGAAUGCUCUGGUGCCGCCCACCUCAGUGCCCUUGAUACCCUCACCCAAAACCCUGCUGGCCAUGGCAGCACCCACACUGCCACAGCACCUGCAGAUGUACCCCGCUGUUUUGCAACAGUGUGUUAUGCCACACACACAGCCACACACACAGCUCCCCACUCACACACACCCUGACUCACUGCCUGAACAACAGAACACACAACUGCAGAAUACACACCACAAGAACCCAAACCCUGCUGCCGUAUCCCUACCUGUUCAACACAACACACACCCCACAUACUCACACCCUGCCGCUGCACCUGAGCUUGCUCUGCACAGCUCGCAGCCAUUAAGACAGCAGGUCCAGCAGCAGACCCAGCUUCCAGAUCCACUCCCCCCCUCCCAGCCUACCCAGCCUGCAGUUUUCUCCUCUCCCAUACAUAGUGGGCUGGGCACAGUCACUGUCGCAGCCCAGCUUGACCUGAAGCAGAACGUCAGCCAAACCCAGUCUCAGCUUCAGGCGCAAGGCCACAACCAGAGCCAACCCCAGGUUCCAGUGCCGCAGCCACCUGUCUCCCAGACUGCAGGCCCUGGGCCUGCCAUCACCAGCUUGACUCAGCAGAACCAGGCCAGUGCCAGCAGCAGCACAGGGACCAAGGUCACCUCGGCACAGCCUCUAACAGAGUCCAAUCUGGAGGAUCCUGGUGCAGAGAAGCAGGCUUCAGGGGCCAGCUACUCCUACGACAGUGUGAACUCAGAUGCCACCUCAGGGAAGGAGAUGAGCGACGGUAAUGAGGGGACACACGGGUCAGGGAAGGGCGAGGGGAAGGUCCGGAAACCCCACCGCCGCUCCACACGCACCCGCUCACGCCAGGAGAAGAUCAACAAGCCCAAACUCAGCAUGCUCAACUUGUGUAAUACAGGGGAUAAGAUGGUGGAGUGUCAGCUGGAGACCCACAAUCACAAGAUGGUCACCUUCAAGUUUGACCUGGACGGAGACGCACCUGAGGAGAUUGCCACUUACAUGGUGGAGAAUGACUUCAUCCUGCUCCUGGAGAAGGAGAUGUUUAUAGAGCAGCUGAAGGACAUUGUGGACAAGGCUGAGGAUAUGCUGAGUGAAGACACUGAGGGGGAGAGGAGCUCUGACCACGCGGGCAGUCCUCAACAGAGCCACGGAGCAGUCAUACUGGGGGGAGAGGGUUCAAAGACUGCUACACCUAAUUCACCACAGCUUGUUUACCAGCAGAACGUCCUCCACACUGGGAAGCGCUGGUUCAUUAUCUGCCCCGUGGCCGAGACGCCCACGCCAGACAGGGAGAAGACUUCAUCAGACACCUCUACAGCCAAGGAGGCUCCUGUUACGUCAUUGUCUAGGUCCAGCUGCAGUACUACUCCUCCUGUUCCUGCCCUGACCACCAUAGCCCCUACUCCAGCCCCCUCUGCCCUCCCUGCACCUCAGAGCUCUGCCCAGCCUCAGGGCCCCAAUGUGGGCAUGGCCAGAAUGCAACAGCCCCAGGCCUCUGGAACCAAAUCCACCACCACCAAUACUACCACUGCUGCCAUGGGCCGCCACGCGCCCUGUGUCUCCAUGGUAACAGACAUCCCAUGUUGCCCCAUCGUUCCACCUGUGUCCCUGGACGUGAAUGGGGCGGGACAUAAAGGGGCAAGCGGCACUUCCUCCUGUCUACCCAAUCAGGGGGCCAGCCUGUCAGGAGACCCGCCCCCUCCGCUGGGCUCCCACCAACCAGUGGUCUUGCAGCAGCCCUACGCCACACCCAGCAUGGUGGGUGGAGGAGGUGGAGUCACAACACCGUCACAGCCCCAGAGUCCCGCCCAGCAGGCCUUCCAGCAGCAGGAUGGACCUGGUGGAUCCGGGAGUGGAGGUGGUGGGGGCCUGGGGGAGUCUGACGGAGAGGGCCCCCCCAGGGUGGAAUUUGUGGACCGCACCAUCAAGACUCUGGAUGAGAAGCUGAGGAACCUGCUGUACCAGGAGUACGCCCCAUCUGCUCCCUCCAGCACUGCCUCAGACCUCCAGGGCUCUAGCACAGAGGGGGUUAGCUCUCCCCCUGUCUCUGACAGCCAGACCACCACAGAGGAGGGGCUCCCCAGGAAGGGAGAGCUGCUGCCUCAGAUCCCUGAGCGUACAGAUAGUUUGGAUACCCUGAGAGACUCUGCAGCCUGUAAAGGAGUGCUGAACAGAAUAGACUUUAUGGGCAGUUCCAGUUCCUAUGGCUCCAAGAGCCGUUUUCAGAUCGUCCCCACUCCUCCGGAUGUCAUUCGUCGUUUAGAGAAGGGCAGAAGUCGCAGCACCUGCAGCUCCACGGCUCCCUCUAGUGGCUCGGGGGACUCUCACGCUGCAGCUGAGGGGGAGGGACGGCGAGACCAGGGGUGUUUGGCCGUGGGCAGGUUCUCAGUGAUAACCACCGAAGAGGGGCCGGAAAACGCCUCCAAACCUCACUGUAGCCACCGCUACUCAGCCCCCCCAGACUUCUACCAGGACACCUCCAGCCCCAACGCCACCCCCACCCUGCUCCCACGCGCCCGCACUGCUGACGCUGCUACCAACUACUCCUUCCACUUCGACUCUGAGUCGGGGGAGGAGGACACCAGUAGUUUAGCCCCUCCCCCUGCACACCACAAGCCUCCGACCCAAGCACUCUCGGAACACAGCGGAAGUGACCUCAUGAAGAGGGCGGUGGCCUUCCUGCGCCGCACGGGCCGCAGCAGCAGUGUGCAUAGCUCUGAUUCGCCGAGCCGGCAACCCGUGGUAGCGAACGGCCACGCCCUCUCGCCGCCUGGACCCGGCCACGCAUCGUAUGUCAGCAGUGACAACGAUUCUGAGUUUGAGGACGCGGACAUGAGGAAGGAGUUGCAGAGGCUGAGGGAAAGACACAUAAAGGAGAUCUCAGAGCUGCAGGCGUUCCAGAGGAGUGAGAUAGAGCGUCUGUAUAAAGAGCUGGGGAAAGCCCUGCCGCCUGGUUUAGGCCUGCUGCACGCUGCGCCCCCUAGUGGCCGCAGACGCAGGGCCAGUAAACACAAGCUGAAGGCGGGCAAGCUGCUCAACCCCACGGUGCAGCAGCUGAAAAACAACCUGAACGCCACCACUGCCGGUGAGAGGAAAGGUGAGAGUGCACCGGGCUUGUCUGGCUCUCCAGCUAAGAGCUCCAUUGUGUCUGACGGCUUGGCCCGCUCCAGUGGCAGCAGCAGUAGUACCAGCAGCACUCUGCCCAGCACGACCCCAGAGCCCGUCCAAACCCAGCAGCCCUGCUCCCUCAAGGGCUCCCUCUCCUCUGACAGCAUCUAUGGUGGCGGCAUGGCCACACACGAAGGCCCAGGGCAAGGCUGGACGGUAUACCACCAAACAUCAGAGAGAGUGACCUAUAAAUCUAGUAGCAAACCACGUGCUAGAUUCCUCAGUGGACCCGUGUCUCUGUCCAUCUGGUCCACACUGAAACGACUAUGUCUAGGCAAAGAGCGCAGUAGUAGGUCUUCUCACGGCGCCAGUGCAACUCAGACAGUGUCCAAUCAGCAACAGCCACCAGCUGUUCCCACCCCUUCAUCAUCUCCUCAACCAAUGGCGGCGCUAGCUCAGGUCCAGACGAACAACAGCAACAACAAGAAGCCAGGCACCUUCACGGACGACCUGCACAAGCUGGUAGAUGAUUGGACGAAGGAGACGCUGGCGGCCAAUCAGCCACGGCCCUCUCUGAACCAGAUCAAACAGCAGAGACGCAGGCAGGACCUGGAGGUCCGAGCCACGCCCCUGGGAGGAGCCACACAGGAGGUGAGAUGUGCCAUCCUUCCAAACAAGUUCCAGCUGCCUCUGUCCUGCCCGCUGACAGCUGUAGGCCCAGCCAUGCCCACUGACCUGGGCUCCAACCCCUCUGCCAUGCUCCAGCCCGGGUACCUGGUACCAGCAGGUCCUUUUGGAGGGGUUGUGCCCGGCCCCCUGUACCCCCAGCAGUGGUCUAGUAUGUCCAGCCCUGUGGGGAUGAUGGGGGCAACGGGAGGGAUGCCCUACCCCACCAUGGCCAACCCCGGGUUGCAGGCAUACCCCCUUACCCUGCACAGCCCUGAGAACGGCCUUAACACCAGGACUACCUAAUGUGACAAACAGCACUUUCCUGCACCGAGUAAACCCCCACCCCAUUGCACCUGACGCUUAAAACAGACUGCCCCUGACUUUCCCCUCUAUCCCAGCACCCUCACAUCAGGACUGUCUAACUAACAGGUCUUACCUAAUUCUGUGCUGAUAACCUAACUCCACUCUGUCCCCCCUGGUUCUCACUCAAGGGUUACAAUUGUAAUGAAAUCAAACUCUAAUCACUUUUAAUGGGGUGAUGGGCCAGAAAAUAGAAUAAAGUAGGGUCUACACAUUUAGAUGCACCAACAAAUGGCUUAUGGGUCGUUCCACCUCAAAGCACAAGAAAGAGGAUUUUGACAACCACCAUCUCAGAUUGUGCUGAAAUAAUUUAUGUAGUUAGAAACGGAUCAGAUUAGCAUUCCUGAAACAUUUAGUUGAAGUAUAAUUUGAUCUCUGAGAAAUUAAGCUAAUUAAUUUCACACAAAUUGGCCAUUUUAAUUUAUAGGAUUAAUAUCAUCUUCAAUAAAUAUAGGAGCUAACAUCUGAUUUGGACCAUAAUUAUUCCUAACAAUGAGUUAGACAUGAGGAAUCCAAUAAGAUUAUCGAAGGCCACCCACGGACCCCCCACAUCCCACCCCAAC